GAUUCCGAAAACUUUUACUUUAAGGAAGAUUAAUUUAUGCUGUGCGCUGAGGGAUCAUUCGUCUGAAUAUCUUGCAGAAUUUGCUGGAAUAUGCGACAUUCAGGAAGUACCGAGAAGUACAAUAGGCACAGAAAGAUAAGGGUAUACCAAGAACUAUGUAGUACAGUUUAUAUUUCGCAUAAUUACACUUUAUAACUCAUUGGCAUUUAUAUAGUACAGAGUGGAUGAUUACACAUGUGCAUCAUGGAGAAGUAUCAGAACAUGAAAGCCUUUAUAGGAAGUGCUUUGGAGUACUCCAGACAUCACACUGAAAAGACAUCCAGUUCCCUCCAACGGCAUCUGCAGAUUUUGGGAGUGACUUCAGACAUGAGUGUCUUUGAUCCUGGGAAUGGUGUUGCUGCUGAGUUCUAUGUUAGUCUACAUGAGCUUAUGUCUGCUCUGGAACCCAAGUCAGGGCUUCUGUGGUGUGCCAUUGGAGUUCUGCAGCAUGCUUGUCACAACCCAGUUGCCCGCCGUGCUCUCGUUCAUACCUAUAGAUUUGUACCCAUCCUCAGUAGACUCCUCGAUUCUAACCUCAUACAGGAGAAGAGGACUCGCGUUCUGCAGCUGUUGCAGGAGCUGACAUACGGAGUGAAGAUCUCAUGGCAGGAAGCACAUUUACCUCGUCUGAUCUCUACACUCACUUCAUGGAUUGUUAGUGCUGAGAAGGAUGUGAUUAAUUUGUCGCUUGGAGUUUUGGUGAAUCUCUGCUACAAGAACUUUCCAGCUGUGUAUACAUUGAUGCGUUCUGUGGACAGCAAACAGUUUCUGCGCACCAUACUAAAGCUGCAGAAUGAUGAUGUUAACACACGUGUUCAGGUAUGCAAGCUGAUCAUCAUUCUGGAACAUGUUUCUGGAGAGAUUCCAGACACAGACAUCCUCAACUUCGUGAACGUCGCGUUCUCGACAGUCACUGACGCAUUCAAGUCUCACAAUAUAUUCCUGUUGAGGCAUAUGGUGGACUUCUUUAAAGAUGUGCAAGAAAAUCCUCAUUUCAGAAGUGUACUGCUAACUUAUGACAGUUUUCCUACUGAUACAGAACAGUUGUUGCAACUGUUGCAUAAUGAUGCUGCAGAAGCUGAGUGUGUGGGAAUCUUCUUGGAGUUCCUGAAUUGCCUUGUGACCCUCCAGGUCACUGGCUUUAACAGGCUGUAUCCACGCUUGGUGACUGUAGCCAUGCAGUGGACCCACACAGUGUUGGCCUGUACACAGUCACUGUCUCUGAUCUGCUCGGUGUCUGCUAAUGUAAGGCACGGCUGUGAAGAUGAAGUGCAACAACACGUCACAGCACAGCUGGAACAGGGUCUUUUGGUACUACUUCAUGUGCUGGAUGUAGAGGAUGAAGAGAAUUCCUGUAUGAAUUCAGAGACUUGUAACCAGGUCACUGCCAUGUUUCGGCUGCUUCAAGAAAUGAGCAAAACUCCAUCAUUACGCCAGAAAAUUCUUCUUUCUCUAAAGCAACAGGUGAUCCAGCGUGUGUUGCAGCCACUGUUCUCAGUGGAGUCUCAGGACCGAAAACACUCGUUUCCGUCGGAGGUGACGAGCCUGUAUGUUCAUGCAGUUGAUCUCAUAUCUGAUCUUGCCCCUCAUGAUGGACAAUGGCUUAAGCUGUAUUCAGACGUUCUACAACACAAACAGGUGCAGAUGGUACUGGCUAUCGCACUGUACAUGGGUGAAGAGGAUAUUAAGCGCCGAGUACUGAUGCUCACUGGCACUGUUGGCUUCCCAGCUGAAUGUGUGUCAUUGCUGGCCAAAUCACUGUCUGAUCUUGAACCUCUGGUGCUGGCAUCAAGUACUUCUGGAAUGGGAAAAGCAGAUGCAAACGUUGAAAAUGUAUGUGGAAGCCGACAACAUGAAAUGAUGCCAUUGUUAAGUCUUGUACAGGAGGGUCGACUUGACAACUUCAUAGCCAAGCUGGAAGAGGCACUAGAACGCAGUGAGAUUCGUGACAUCUCCACAUCAGCAGUUAUGGAGCUGUAUGAAUAUAAGCUUGCAGCCAUUGGUCACUCAGAGAGAGCUCUGCAGGCAAGUCUGGAGGCAGCAAACUCUCACUCGACACAUCUGAACCACCGGUUGGCACAGAUGAGUGCAGAAGCAAGCAGACUACGCCAGCUGUUGUACCACAAUCAGCAGUGCCUUGAAGGCCUGCAGGAGGAGAAACAGGCAUUUGUUUGCAGGAUGGAGGCAGCUCAAGUGGUAGCAGAACAGGAACACAAGAAGCAUGUUACUGAAAUGAAAGCAAAACAGCGACUGCUGUGCGAGUUAAGUGCUGCAAUAGAGGAACUGAAGACAACUGUGGCCACAAAAGAAGAAGAGUUGUCGCUGACAAAGCAACGUUUGGAUGCAAUGAACAGACAGAUUGAGGAAGUACAGUCUCAACUGACACUAGUGGAACAAAAAUACAAGGACCAACAAUCCAAAAAUUCAGAGCUGACAAGAACCCUUUCUAAAUUAGAAGAGAGAAUUGCUAAGAGAGACAGAAUUAUAGAGGAAAUAGGACAAAAGAAGGAGAACAUGCAGAAAACAAUACAGAACUUAGAGAUGGAGUUGACUAACUACAGAAUGUUGUGCAAAGCUCAGGAGAAAAACAUUAUGGAAAAGGAGGCUGAGAUUUCAACAACACAACAACAACUCGGUGAACUUCAGCGCAUAAGGGAAGCGAUUUUUGCUAUUUCAGGAGGAAAAAAGAAAAUGGACAAGUAAUUGUUCCCCUGCUUGCUGGCAAGAGGACUUCAGUGGAUUUUACAAGUGCAAAAUCCUGCAUGAUUUUAUACUUUUAUAUAAUUAUUCUAGUGUUUUAUUCUUAAAAAAUAUAUAGUGUAUUAAUAUAUUGUUAAUUUUUAGUGUGUUCAUCAUAUUGUCAUGUGCAGGUGGUAGAUAAAGCAAGAAUCGCCUGCUUAAAAAUCUGAUUUCUUGAACUUGUUUAAAUCUUUCCCCCUUUUAAGCCUGGAUGCUGUGAUGAUAUAUCAGAUUUUAAAUGACUUGAUGUAGGGACUGGUGAAAACCAUGAAGAACCUUCGUGUAUUACAACAGGUAAACAAUGCCUUCACUAACUGUAUGAACUUUUAAGUGUUUGGUGAUGUUGCUCCAUGUACUGAGACUAUUUUGUUUAGUUCUCAGAGUGUAAGGUAUUAAAUCCAAAAUAAUGGAUCUUAAA